AUGUUGCAGCAAAAAUGCGUAAAAGCACGAGCUCUGUACGACAAUAUCGCCGAGGCGCCUGACGAGCUGGCUUUUCGAAAAGGCGACGUUCUCACCGUACUGGAACAGAAUACUGCUGGUCUUGAAGGAUGGUGGUUGUGCGCUCUGCGAGGUCGACAGGGCAUCUGUCCAGGAAAUCGAUUGAGGCUUCUGGUUGGCCAAUACGAUACGGGGGGUUGUUUGGUCGGCAGCAGGGCCGACCUAACCAUUGCAGAAGAUGGCAUACAGAGACAUGGGAAAAGACGUAGCUGGCACGUACAGCCCAACAGGGUUGUAACACCGCAGAAGUGUGGGGACGUCUAUCUGUACGACCUCCCAGCAAGUCGGGGAAGUCCCGCGCCACCCUCCAGACACGAGUCACCCCUCAACUCGACGAACAAUGAACAUUCACACAAUACGGGACGAUAUACGAGCAACAAUGUGCGAAGUUCUGUCGACAAUGGGGGCGGCGACGUGAACGAGUGUUACGACGUACCACCACGCGCGAUCCCGGUGAUCCCCUCGCCAGCGAGCAGCCCAAGUCCGGCCCCGUCGUGCUAUGAUAUCCCAAGGCCGCCGACAUCCUGUACACCCAACUCAAAUUGCUCCGGCGGUUCCGGUAUUACACCGCUGGAUUGUUACGACGUGCCGCGACCGUUGCAACCCCUCACACCCAGCAGCUCGGCCUCCAGCCUCACCAACGACGGCUCCCUCAGCGGAUCGAACAGAUCGAGUUUGGCCGCUCCAGAUUACGAUGUACCCCGACCACGUCUUCCAGCGUCCUCGUUGCCGUCCCGACACAAUACCCCCAUACCGAAGACCCCGACACCACCGCCAUCAUCGCAACAGAUUUAUGAUGUACCAGUUAGCAAGGAGCUUCCAUUGGAAUUGGACUCUGCUCUGGAAGGUUUGCAAAGAUUGCAGAGCGAGGCGUCCGCUGCGAUAGCGAGGCUACUGGGCUUUGUAAGCCCCGGUUGGAGAACACCACAGCGAUUGGAUGCCACUCUUAUGGAUCUAAGGCUAGCUGCUCUCAGACUUAGAACGUCUCUUCAUGAUCUCGCCGAAUUCGCGGAAGGUACGCUGGGCAAUGCAGGCAAAGCGCCAGAUAAGGGCCUGGCCACGAAAUUACGGCCGUUAGUGAAGGCGCUUCGUGAUUCUGAUAAGCUCGUACAAGAAGCCGCUACUGAAUUGGACACGAUGGAAUGGGACGCGAGUAAACUCUGUCGUGGCGGUGGUGAUACACCGACACCUACUAACGGACCUCCGUCCUCACUACUCUUACCUGUGCAGUCAGAUCCUCUUGAUCAGCUGAUCGCGUGCGCUCGAGCACUCACGGAAGACGUUCGUCAGGUUGCUAGUUUCAUUCAAGGAAAUUCCACAUUGCUCUUCAAGCGAGCAUCUAUCAUCUCCACGGGCAGCAGCAACAAUAGCGGCGCCGGAGAGGAUUAUGACUACGUAAAUCUCGACUCGCGAGAGGUUGUAGCGAAGCAACGUGAAGAAUUGCGAGCCGCGCUGCCGCAGGAGCUCCGCAGCAACUAUGAUCUGCUGGUGUCCGAGGCGGACAAUGCCGCGAUUCAGAUGCCACCCACGACCCCGACGCCCAUGGAUCCCAAUGACAAGCAAUUGUUGGCCUUCUACGUCGCCCAGGUCAUCACGCACGGUGCACACUUGACUCACGCCAUCGACGCCUUUCUGCAAACGGUGGAGCAUAAUCAACCACCCAAGGUUUUCCUAGCUCACGGCAAGUUCGUCGUGCUGAGUGCGCACCGACUAGUGCAUAUCGGCGACACGGUGCACCGAAAUGUGACACGUAACGAUGUGCGAACGCGCGUGCUACAAUGCGCGAACGCUCUGAACGAGGCGCUCGGGCAGACAGUGCAGAAGACGAAGCAAGCCGCUCAAUUCUUCCCCAGUGUUACCGCGGUCCAGGAGAUGGUCGACAGCGUCGUCGACGUCUCGCACCUGGCCAAGGAUCUCAAGGUCGCUAUGAUACACGCUGCUCAACAACCCUGAGGAGAAUUGUCACGAUGCGGUCGCGAAACCACAAGUUCCUUCAAUUGAGAUGUGGUCCAUGAUAGAUUCUUCCUCAUUAACGGA